AUGCCUUCCGGGUCCGUUGUUCCCGGUCGUUUGGCCGACUGGCUCGUCAGCCAGAAAGAGGCUUUCCUCGCUGACCUUAAAGCUGGACGUGGGAAGGGCUGGAUCGUCUCGGUCGGUAACGAGGCUGGUGACCUUGACACGAUGGCGUCGUCCGUCUCGUACGCCUUCCUCGCGUCGACGCUACAGGCACAGCGCAUCGUCCCCGUCCUCCUCACCCCGAAGAAGUAUAUGCACCUCCGGCCCGAGAACUUGCUCGCUCUCGACCAGUCCAGCAUCCCCGCCGACGUGCUCCUCCACAUCGAGGAUCUGGCCGUCAAGGCCUGCGACCUCAUCAGCGCCGGCGUCGAGUUUGCGCUCGUCGACCACAACCGCCUCCUCCCUGACUUUGGCACUGGUGACGCCGCUUAUUCCUGUGUCAAAUCGAUCCUCGACCACCACGAGGACGAGGGUGUUUCGCUCUCCGCGUCGCCGCGUGUGAUCGUUGUCCCAAACGGAUCGAGCACGUCUCUCGUCACCCUUAACUUCAAGGAUGCGUGGGCUGCCAGCAUGUCCGGCCCCGCCGGGGUCGCAGGCAGUCCCGUUCCCCCCGAGAUCGCGACACUCCUUCUCUCCGCCCUCAUGAUUGACACGCAGGGCCUCAAGCCGAACGGUAAGGCCAUGCCUCGUGACAUCGAGGCGGCCGAGUUCCUCUACCCCCUCUCCUCGCUCCCGACUGUAGGUGCUACGGCUGCAGUGGGAGCCACGGGGGGCAACCUUCCGACCCCUCUCGACACAUUCACCAAAGAGCUCAUUACGACCAAGUUCGACAUCUCGCACUUGGGCGAGCACGACCUCCUCGUCCGCGACUACAAGGAAUACCUCUGGGACACGUCAUCCAAAACCAGCCCCCACCUCUCCGUCGGGCUGUGCACCGUGCCCGUCAAGCUCGAGCAUGUCCUCAAGCGCGAGAAGGGAUGGGCCAACUUCAUGACCAUUGCAGACGAAUACAUGGACGAGCAGAAGCUCGAUGUGCUGGGCAUCACCACGUCGUGGAAGAACAGCCGGGGCAAGGGCCGCCGUGAGCUCCUUCUCGCUGUGCGUGGCGGCGGCGCGCUUCCGGACCUCGCUGCAGCCUCGCGUGUCCUCGACGCGCUGACCGCGGGGCUCGAAGGGGACACCGAGACUUUCGCCCUCGAGGCGUGGAAGUACAAGGACGAAUCGCUGGCGCCGCCUUCUGCGCUUCUUAACUCGCCGGCGCGCGUCGCCCGUGUGUGGCGCCAGGGCAACCACCGCAGUACGCGCAAGCAGAUCGCGCCGGCGAUGCACCGCAUCGUGUCGGCGCUUACGUAG